ACCGACUUUAAGACUUAAUCGUCUCAUCAGAUAUAACUAUCACUAGUUAUAUCUAAACUAAUCAGAGAGAAGAGGUACUCCUUUAUAGGGACUCGUAAAGGCAUAGAGCAUCUAGAGAUUUACUGCCUCCAUUACGCUGCUGGGUCUCACAGCACAUGUUAUGUUUUUACAGUUUCUCUCCAGAAGAAGGUUGGAAACCCAAGUGCCUACAGAGGCCAGGCUGGUGGGAAUGAAGCAGGAAGCCACUGCAGUGUACUGGAGAGCCAAGUCCUUUCUGAAGGAGCAGCCACUGCUCCGAUCCAGAUAAUUGUUGCAAGGCAGGAAUGCUGACCUAGUGUUACCACAUUGUCCAGUUUCUCAGGCUACAUUAUUGGAAUUUUGAAGACAUGAAAACAUCAGAUGAACCAACCUGCAACAUCCUGGAUUCAGAUUGGAAGAUGAAGAGAAAGUUUAAAGAAUGUGGCCUAUAAAGGCGGGUAGUACCUGGAAAUAUUAACUGACUCACACUGUAAAAAUGAGAACAGUUUCUAAACAAUAGAGGUUAUUUUAGUCCAACAUCAAGUUUCAAGACAAAAUGUUGAACUAAAAACUUACACUCCUCCCCUCCCCCACUUCAGACAGGUACCAGCAUUGGUGAAUAUGAUUUUCCUUAGUCAGAAGCACUCGUUUUUACCCAUGUAGACCAUCCUUAGGAAUUAAAUAUUGGUUAUUUAAUGUAGAUUAUAAUGGGAAACUGAUUUUUUCUACAAUGGCAGAUUUCAAGGACUUGGUUCCAAACUGAGCCGAAGCUUCCCAAUGCAUUUUGUACAGUCUGGGGAAAACUGUGCUGCAUUGGCCAUUUUUGAAGGCCAUGAUGCCCUGUAAUAUAAGGAUAUCAUCUUAUUGCUGAUAUCUUUGGGGAGUCCCAAGCAGACACAGAAAAUGAAUGGAGGCAAGGAGUGUGACGGAGGGGACAAGGAUGGAGGUCUUCCAGCUAUACAAGUUCCUGUGGGUUGGCAGCGUCGUGUGGAUCAAAAUGGAGUGCUUUAUGUCAGUCCCAGUGGGUCUUUGUUAUCUUGCUUGGAGCAGGUUAAAACAUACCUGCUUACUGACGGAACAUGCAAGUGUGGCUUGGAAUGUCCUCUUAUUCUUCCCAAGGUGUUUAAUUUUGAUCCUGGAGCUGCUGUGAAACAGAGAACUGCAGAAGAUGUUAAAGCAGAUGAAGAUGUCACAAAGCUAUGCAUACAUAAAAGAAAAAUCAUUGCAGUGGCCACACUUCAUAAAAGCAUGGAAGCCCCACAUCCUUCUCUGGUGCUCCCCAGUCCCGGAGGAGGAACAAAUGCAACUCCAGUAGUACCUUCACGGGCAGCAACUCCAAGAUCUGUAAGAAAUAAGUCUCACGAAGGAAUUACAAAUUCUGUAAUGCCUGAAUGUAAGAAUCCUUUCAAAUUAAUGAUUGGAUCAUCAAAUGCCAUGGGAAGGCUAUAUGUACAAGAACUGCCUGGAAGCCAGCAACAAGAACUCCACCCUGUCUACCCCCGGCAGAGAUUGGGCAGCAGUGAACACGGACAGAAAUCUCCAUUCCGUGGCAGCCAUGGAGGCCUGCCCAGCCCAGCGUCGUCAGGUUCCCAGAUAUAUGGAGAUGGCUCAAUCUCUCCAAGGACUGACCCACUUGGAAGCCCUGAUGUUUUCACAAGAAAUAAUCCUGGUUUUCAUGGAGCUCCCAAUUCUAGUCCUAUUCACCUGAAUAGGACUCCUCUUUCUCCCCCUUCAGUAAUGCUACACGGUUCUCCUGGACAGUCAUCCUGUGCAAUGGCUGGAAGGACUAAUAUACCUCUUUCCCCAACCUUGACUACAAAGAGUCCAGUAAUGAAAAAACCAAUGUGUAAUUUUUCAACUAAUAUGGAAAUACCACGAGCAAUGUUCCAUCACAAACUACCCCAAGGCCCACCUCCCCCUCCUCCACCUUCUUGUGCUCUUCAGAAAAAGCCAUUAACAUCUGAGAAAGAUCCACUUGGCAUUCUUGACCCUAUUCCUAGUAAACCAGUGAAUCAGAACCCUGUUAUCAUUAAUCCAACUAGUUUCCAUUCAAAUGUCCACUCUCAGGUACCUGUGAUGAAUGUAAGCAUGCCUCCUGCUGUUGUUCCUUUGCCAAGUAAUCUCCCUUUGCCAACCGUAAAACCUGGCCACAUGAAUCAUGGGAGUCAUGUACAAAGAGUUCAGCAUUCAGCUUCAACCUCCCUGUCCCCUUCUCCAGUGACAUCCCCAGUGCACAUGAUGGGGACUGGAAUUGGAAGGAUUGAGGCAUCGCCCCAAAGAUCACGCUCAUCUUCCACAUCAUCAGAUCACGGAAAUUUCAUGAUGCCACCUCUAGGACCCCAGGCCACUUGUAGUGGUAUUAAGGUUCCACCCAGGUCACCAAGGUCAACAAUAGGGUCCCCAAGGCCAUCAAUGCCAUCAAGCCCUUCUACCAAGUCCGAUGGACAUCAUCAGUACAAGGAUAUCCCUAACCCAUUAAUUGCUGGAAUGAGUAAUGUACUAAAUACCCCAAGCAGUGCAGCUUUUCCUACUGCAUCUGCCGGAAGCGGUUCUGUAAAGAGUCAGCCUGGUUUGCUGGGAAUGCCUUUAAAUCAGAUCUUGAACCAGCACAAUGCUGCCUCCUUUCCAGCAAGUAGUUUACUCUCAGCAGCAGCCAAAGCACAGCUAGCAAAUCAAAACAAACUUGCUGGUAACAACAGUAGCAGCAGUAGCAAUUCUGGAGCUGUUGCUGGCAGUGGCAACACUGAAGGACAUAGCACUUUAAACACCAUGUUCCCUCCUGCUGCCAACAUGCUUCUCCCAACAGGUGAAGGGCAAAGUGGUCGAGCAGCACUAAGAGAUAAGCUGAUGUCUCAGCAAAAAGACUCACUGCGGAAAAGAAAACAGCCACCUACCACAGUGUUGAGUUUGCUCAGACAGUCUCAAAUGGAUAGUUCUGCAGUUCCUAAACCUGGACCCGACUUGCUAAGGAAGCAGGGUCAGGGGUCGUUUCCCAUCAGUUCAAUGUCUCAGUUACUACAGUCUAUGAGUUGUCAAAGCUCUCACUUGAGUAGCAAUAGUAGCCCGGGUUGUGGGCGCUCAAAUACUGCUUUGCCUUGCUCUGCUAACCAGCUGCAUUUUACAGACCCCAGUGUGAACUCCAGUGGUCUUCAGAAUCCACUGACACAGGACGUACCUUUAAGAGGGGAAGCCGUGCACUGCCACAAUGCAAACACUAACUUUGUUCACAGUAACAGUCCAGUCCCAAACCACCAUCUUGCAGGUUUAAUAAAUCAGAUUCAGGCUAGCGGGAACUGUGGGAUGCUCAGUCAGUCGGGCAUGGCCUUAGGAAAUUCAUUACAUCCCAAUCCACCUCAGUCAAGAAUUUCAACGUCCUCCACUCCAGUGAUACCAAACAGCAUUGUUAGCAGCUAUAAUCAAACAAGUUCUGAAGCAGGCGGUUCAGGACCAUCAUCCUCCAUAGCCAUAGCUGGCACCAACCACCCUGCCAUCACAAAGACAACAUCUGUCCUUCAAGACGGCGUCAUAGUCACCACCGCAGCUGGAAACCCACUGCAGAGUCAGCUGCCCAUUGGGAGUGAUUUUCCUUUUGUUGGCCAGGAGCACGCACUUCAUUUUCCAUCCAACAGCACUUCAAACAACCAUCUUCCACACCCCUUGAACCCCAGCCUCCUCAGUUCUCUACCUAUCUCUUUGCCAGUGAAUCAACAGCAUCUCCUAAACCAGAAUCUAUUAAAUAUCCUCCAGCCUUCAGCAGGAGAAGGCAAGUCUGAGAUCAACCUCCACCCUUUAGGUUUUCUCAACCCGAAUGUAAACGCUGCUUUAGCUUUUCUCUCCAGUGACAUGGAUGGGCAGGUAUUGCAGCCUGUUCACUUUCAACUCUUAGCAGCCCUGCUUCAGAACCAAGCCCACGCAGCUGCCAUGCUUCCCCUGCCAUCUUUCAAUCUGACCAUCUCAGAUCUUUUGCAACAGCAAAAUACCCCUUUACCCUCAUUAACACAGAUGACAGCCCCACCAGACCAUUUGCCAAGCAAUCAGUCAGAGAACAGCCGAGCUGAGACCCUUUUAACCAGCCCCCUGGGGAACCCUUUACCAAGCUUUGCAGGCAGUGACACUACUUUUAACCCCCUGUUCCUCCCAGCUGUCACUGGGGCCUCAGGAUUAAUGGCCUUGAAUCCCCAGCUGUUGGGAGGUGUCCUGAACUCGGCAUCGGCCAACACCGCUAAUCAUCCAGAGGUUUCCAUAGCAACUUCUUCCCAGGCAACCACUACCACAACCACUACAUCAUCAGCAGUGGCAGCACUGACUGUCUCAACACUUGGUGGGACAGCAGUGGUGUCAAUGGCAGAAACAUUGCUGAAUAUAUCUAAUAAUGCUGGGAAUACACCUGGUCCAGCUAAACUGAACAGUAACUCUGUGGUGCCACAGCUACUUAACCCUCUACUGGGGACAGGUCUGCUUGGUGACAUGUCCUCAAUAAACAGUACUUUGAAUAACCAUCAACUGACUCAUCUACAGUCGCUGUUAAACAACAAUCAGAUGUUUCCUCCAAAUCAGCAACAGCAGCAGCUUCUUCAGGGGUACCAGAAUCUCCAGGCUUUUCAAGGACAGUCCACAAUUCCUUGCCCAGCUAACAAUAACCCCAUGGCUUGUCUGUUUCAGAACUUUCAGGUGAGAAUGCAGGAAGAUGCAGCUCUCCUAAACAAAAGAAUAAGCACUCAGCCGGGGCUCACAGCACUUCCCGAAAAUCCAAACACUACACUUCCACCUUUCCAAGAUACAUCUUGUGAGUUGCAAUCGCGGAUUGACCCAUCUCUUGGUCAACAGGUGAAGGAUGGCCUCAUUGUGGGUGGCCAAGGUGAUGCUUCCAUAGAUACUAUUUACAAAGCAGUUGUUGAUGCAGCCAGCAAAGGAAUGCAGGUUGUCAUCACCACUGCAGUCAACAGUACAGCUCAGAUCAGCCCCAUUCCAGCUCUGAGUGCCAUGAGUGCCUUCACUGCUUCAAUUGGUGACCCAUUAAGUCUCCCCAGUGCUGUCAGUGCGGUCAUUCAUGGACGAAACAUGGGCAGUGUUGAUCAUGAUGGUAGGCUGAGAAGUAUAAGAGGGUCUCGGCUGCCCAGCAAUCUGGACCAUGGGAAAAACUCAAACAAAGGAGAUGGGUUUGAAUAUUUCAAGUCGGCAAGUUGCCACACAUCUAAAAAACAGUGGGAUGGGGAGCAAAGCCCUGGAGGGGAGCGAAACAGGUGGAAGUGUGAGGAAUUUUUAGAUCAUCCAGGCCAUAUCCACAAUAGUCCUUGUCACGAAAGACUCAACAAUGUCUCUACACUGCCAUUUCUGCCUGGGGAACAGCACCCAAUACUGUUACCAUCAAGAAACUGUCAAGGGGAUAAAAUUCUGGAGGAAAAUUUCAGGUAUAAUAACUACAAAAGAACUAUGAUGAGUUUUAAGGAGAGACUAGAGAACACUGUGGAAAGAUGUACACACAUCAAUGGGAACAGACCUCGACAGAGUCGGGGCUUUGGAGAGCUGCUGAGCACCACAAAGCAAGACCUGGUCCUAGAGGAGCAAUCUCCGAGCUCCUCAAAUAGUUUGGAAAGUUCUCUGGUCAAAGACUACAUCCAUUACAAUGGAGACUUUAAUGCCAAAAGCAUUAACGGGUGUGUACCUAGCCCUUCAGACGCUAAAAGCAUUAGUAGUGAAGAUGACCUAAGGAAUCCAGACUCCCCCUCUUCAAAUGAAUUGAUACAUUAUAGGCCAAGGACGUUCAACGUUGGCGACUUGGUCUGGGGCCAAAUCAAAGGACUGACUUCCUGGCCUGGAAAAUUAGUAAGAGAAGACGACGUUCACAGUUCUUGUCAACAAAGCCCCGAGGAAGGGAAGGUGGAGCCCGAGAAGUUGAAGACACUAACAGAAGGUUUAGAAGCUUACAGCCGAGCCCGGAAAAGGAACAGAAAAAGUGGAAAGCUAAAUAACCAUUUAGAAGCUGCUAUUCAUGAGGCCAUGAGUGAACUGGACAAAAUGUCUGGGACUGUUCACCAAAUCCCACAGGGAGACAGACAAAUGAGACCCCCCAAACCCAAGAGGAGGAAGAUCUCCAGAUAACAGGGACUACUCCACCAAUGCGCAGUGUUUAUUAAAGGAAUGUGCACAGAUAUAGCUGUAUAUAAGUAUUGAUAUAGCCACUGUUAUAUCAAUAUUUAUACUAUGGCAGAUGGUUAACACCGCCACAGGGUGCUAAAAGAAACAGUGAUACAAUAUUUUUUUUUUUUGAUCAGGAAGGAUAAUGAAUGCUGGAAAACCAAUCAGAAUCCCUGAAUGAUGAGAGUGAUAGUCAAGAGAUUACUGAGAAACUCUUUUUCUAUAAUACUAAAAUUGUGAUUAUAAGAAAUAGUCCAAAUGUUUCUGAAGAAUUUUCCAUGUUGUAUAUAGAAAAUGCAGAAUUUCAUGGUGAUAUCAAAAAUGUAAAUAUUGUACAAUA